AAAAGAUCUUUGGUUGAUCAGUCGAUUAAAUAUGGAAGGCAAUAGAGACGAAAGUGAAAAGUGUAUAUCUAUAGCUCAAAAAUGUAUAAAUGCAGGAGCUUAUGAAAAGGCUUUGAAAUUCUUAAAUAAAGCAGAAAGGUUAUACCCAACACAAAAAGCUAAAGAUUUAUUAGACCAUGUUAAGAAACUGAAUGAGUCCACACCUGAUGAUACUGGAGGUGGGGCAGAAAAAAAUGACGAUGGUGUAUGCCAUCGCAAAGGUAGUCACAGCAGGGAGGCAACAGAUUCAAAACAAACCAGCGAACCAAAGGAAAAGGAUUAUACAGAGGAGCAAUUAACAGCAGUUAAAAGAAUAAAGAAAUGUAAAGAUUAUUAUGAGAUAUUGUGCGUAGAGAAGGACGCUUCCGAAGCAGAUUUAAAGAAGGCUUACAGAAAACUAGCCCUACAGAUGCACCCAGACAAGAACAAAGCACCAGGAGCAACAGAAGCAUUUAAAGCUGUUGGUAAUGCAUUUGCUGUGAUAAAUGACCCUGCAAAGAGAAAGAAAUACGAUAUGUUUGGUCCAGAGGAGGAACAGAGAAGUACAAGAAGUCAAAGGGAAUAUGAUUAUUCUCAUGGUUUUGAAGGUGAUAUAUCACCAGAAGAACUUUUCAACAUGUUUUUUGGAGGUGGUUUUCCCUCAGGGAGUGUUUAUCAACGAAGGGGCAGACAUUCACAUUCAAGGCAACAUUAUAGAUUUACUUCUAGAGAGUCCCAAUCUUCAAAUGAUGGCAGCGCCACUUUACUGUUACAGUUGGCUCCGAUAUUAUUAUUGGUUAUUCUAUCACUACUCAGCAGUUUCUUCGUGUCAGAUCCUGUAUUUAGUCUUAACCGUACAGAUAAAUAUUCAGCUCAGAGAAAGACACAGCACUUGCAUAUACCUUAUUAUGUGAAACAAGAUUUUACAUCAAACUUUGCGGGUGAUUUACGCCGGAUAGAAAGACAAGUAGAGGAAGAAUUUAUUUCUAAUUUACGUCAAAAUUGCUGGAGAGAAAGAAGUUAUAAAGAAAAUAUGUUAUGGAGGGCCAGAAAUUAUGCAGAUGCAAAAUUAUACGAGCGCGCACAGAAUAUGGAAACACCGUCGUGCGAUCAGCUACAAAAGAUAUACAGCUAGUGACUUUGAAAUAUAACCACACCUCCUUACUUUGAUUUCUUAUCAACCACUGAAUUUUUAUCAGGGUCCGAGGUCCUUGUCCCCGGCAACAAACACACAGAAAUACAUUUUUUGGUGAAUUCUGUUGCAAAUUUUAAAGAAAAGGACCUUCGAAAACGCAGACCAAAUGCAUGGACUUUGUUUGUGAUUAUAAAUGAUUACAUUUGACUGAAUUAGAUAACAUUGUUGAGAGUAAAUUUGAAUGUAAUCAGAUGGAAAGGGGUGUUUGAAUUGUGGCAAGCUGAACGUCAGUCUUGCAAUUUUAUUACCUUUGCCUUCUCUCUCCGAACCAAACUCAAGAG